GGAUAUAAGAAAUAUAUAUUCACACACAUUGAUUAGUGUGUACUAGAAAGAAUUGUAUUCUACUUGAGGACUACUUCUAUGCCUAAUAUAGAAUGAGUCUCAUCUGUUCUGCAUGCCUGUCUGGAGUGGGACUUGCUGCUCUAUAUGAAAUCAAAUGGGACUUUUUUUCUUAAAUUUCUGAAAACUAUCCUUUCUGAAUUUAAAUAAUUGAUUUUUUUGGGUGCAAAAUGGACCCAUUAAUUAGACAUCUAACUAGGCAACAAAUAAGUUUUCUUUGAGCUUUUUUUUCUCGCCACUUUUUCUUUUAAGAUGUGCAUUUUACCAGUCAUUGUUGCUAUUCCUAGAGUCUGCAUUUUCUGAAAUCUGUAUUUUGGAAAAUGGCAGAAUGCCCACUCUAAUAUUUUUGUGGGAGGGUUCAAUUCUAAAUCAUUGCAUGUAUUAGAUUGUACUCUGUUGAUACACUAUAUUCCAGUAGGUUGAAAUAUCAAAUUGUCCACGAGAAUAAAAUUCUUCUUACUUAAAUAGACUUGCAAACAUUUCCUCUAGUCAAAUCUUAAAACAAAAUUAUUUAGCAACUAAAUUAAAGCCGUUGACGGAGUUAAUACUUUUGAACACUUUCAAUUGUUCCCUCUAGUCAAUAUCCGAAAAAGCAACAAGUUAACUAUAGUUUCCGACGAGUUUCGAGUAUAGAGUAACUCUAUUAUGGUAUUCAAUAUGUUUAUAUGUGUAUCUAAGAUCUUUUUGUGAAUGCAAACAAAGUUUCCUAUUAGAAGUUUAGACAAAUAAUGUUUAGUAUAUAAAACGAUGUUCACCAACUCUGAUUAGUACGAGAUUUUUGGAAAAGAGCCCAAUAACAAAGCCAUGCGGUCUUACCUCUUAAGCCCAAAGUGGACAAUAUCGUAUUAAUCGGCUGAUAUGGGCUCGAAAAAACCCAACAGAUCUGAAUUUUGCAACAUGAUAAUUUGUUAGAUUUGUUUCCUUUGGUUAGGAUUAGGUAUGAUCAUUUAUAUGUGGUUCUGAUUCUUUAAAGAUAUGUAACAGACGCCGAUGAAACAAUUAUUUUGAUUCCGUGGCGACGGAUUUUGCUUCUGCAACAAAUUCUUGAUUUUGCGUUGGUAGCCUUAGCAAUAAGAAGCAAACAAAAAAAAUGGUCCAGACGCGAGCUCAGCAUCGAAGGCGAGUGACAUCACAGACAUGGGGUAAGGUAGAAGGUGCCGAAGAUGUGUUUCAUGACAUCUUAUCUCGACUGUCAGUAAGGUCUAUCCGUUCAUUCAAAACGGUUAACAGAUACUGGCAUGCCUCAAUUAGCAACAAACAUUUUGCUACAAAACAGCUAGCUCAGUCGAGAAAGAAGCCCUCAUACAUAGCUUGUCCUAGAGCAGACAAGGCUAUGAAGUUGUACUUGUUGAUGCCAGGGAAGUUCAACUAUCGACACCAUGCUACAGUUGAUCCUCCGGGAAGAAGCGCUGAUCACAGCAUGCACAUGAUAGCAUCGUUCAAUGGAUUAGUAUGCUGCAUCAACCAACUCUCUGAUGAAAAUGAAGAUCAUCAGAUAUGGAUUUGCAAUCCCUCUACUGAAGAGACUCUGCUUCUUCCUCAAGGCAGACCAUCUGUUUGGACUGAACCAAGUAUUGGAGUUGCAUAUGGUCCUGACAUUACCGAGUACAAAAUUUUCCGCAUAUUCUGUGUCGGCAGGAGAAACGCUGGAAAAGGGGAUUAUCUCUACGAAUGUGAGGUGUAUUCAUCUAGCAGUGGUGCGUGGAGGGGCAUCGGCCCUGUGCUUCAUCUUCCAAUGUAUGUUUACUUCCGUCCACACAGAUCCGCUCAUGUCUUUGCAGGAGGGAAGAUCUACUGGCUGGUUUCUCUGAAAGAUCCUGCAGGUAUAAUGCUCUCUGUGGAUAUGGAGGAGAACUUCGAAGUUAUGGAGCUGCCUUACUAUUCAACAGACCUGCGUGACGAAGACAGGAUAACAGUUACGACGUAUCUGAUAAACCUGGGAGGAUCUCUGUCACUGGUAGUUCUACAUGUGGAUUCCUUUGACGUAUGGGAGUGGAAAGAAGCUAGUUGGGUACUUGUAAUCGAAGAUUAUUUGCCAUUCAUGAACUUUUGUGAUAUUGUAUUAUUCAUGACCUCGUCAGAGAAGGAGAUCCUGUUUGUGACUGAGUCGCACUUGUGGACUUAUCAUUUGGAUACUAGAAAGUGGAGAAAAAGGGGCAGGCCUCCUACUCGAUUUACGAAUCCUGCUAUCUUCCCCUUCACCGAAAGCCUUCUUCCAUGCAAUGGAGGGGUUAGGCUAGAAGGAAGGUGAAGAAGAGUACUUAUCAUCUCUGGCUUGUUGGUGGUGCUUUGAUUUAUCUUGCAGAGGCUGUGUGUUUCUCACUGGAUAGAUACUCUUUUUAUUUUUCCGUUCUAAAACUUUUCAUUUCGUUUAAGGUUUCUGGUGAGAAGCUGACUAUUAGUGCUGUUGUGGCACUCUGUUUCCAUUUGUUUCUUACUUAAGAUUCUGAAAUGUGCUUUCUUAUUACUCAAAAUAACAUCCAGUAUUAUCAACCUGUUACGGUUUUCUAAAUUCAAUUUUUUUUGCUAA